CGGGGGUGCAGUUUUAGCGCCCGAGCGAAGCGGGACUUGGCCGAGGCCGUUGUUACCCAGUGGCCGGCAGGCCGCUUCCCGCCCCGGCGUCAGCAGCCUCCGACCAGAACCUUCUGCGGUUGCCCAGUGCGGACGGGCUGCCGGCAGCCCCGGGCCGGCCCUGCGGUUCCCUCGGGGCUCGCCGCUGAGCUGGUAUAGUUCAGUGUUAUGGGUGAUACAAAAGAAGCUAAAAUGCAGAUAACACCAGAAACUCCAGGACGAGUCACAUUCCUGAAUCCUUUUGAAAGUCCCAGUGAUUAUUAUACUCUUCAGGAGCAGAUUGUCUCCAGUCCUUCAGUCUUUAAAUCAACAAAGUCCUCAUCUACGCCAGGAAAAUUUAGAUGGUCUAUUGAUCAGCUGGCUCUAAUAAAUCCUGUGGAAAUUGACUCAGAAGAUGUUCGACGCCAAGCAAUGUAUUUGAGUCAUGCCAGAAUUGAUAAGGAGACGGAAGACAGAAGGCAAAAAGCCAUUGAGGAGUUCUUCACAAAAAGACUCAUAGUUCCUUCUCCUUGGACUGAGCAUCAAGGCAAGCAAGUUUCUCUGCUUAACUCAACCAAAUCCAUAGAUCUAAAUACUAUUUCUCCAAUUGGAAGACAGCUAGCUUUGCAGCCUGGGAAGAGCAAUGCUGCUUGUCAGACAGUACUGUCUUUGCCAGUGGAUUUUAAUUUAGAGAAAAUACUAGGUGAAUAUUUUAGAACUGAUGAAUUUGCAGAUCAGUCUCAGGAAAAUCUGAGCUCUUCAUCACUCAGAAGAAAGCUGUUUUUAGAAGAAAAUGGAAGUGUGGCAGAGUGUUUGUCCCCUUCUCUGCCUAGUCCAUGCGGUAGUCAACCACUCGGAGUGCUUUGUUCAAUUGAUAUAUCUCCAGUCCGGUGCAGAAGUCCUCUGGAAACAUCUAGUUCAGGUCAGUUUUCCUCUAGUCCUAUUCGGGGAGGCGCAAGGACUUACAGUCUGGGAAGUAUAACCAGUCCCACGUUUCCAGAGGGGUCUCCUGCACAUAAUGGUUCUCCUACAUUUUCACCAAUUGCUUUUCACAUAAGAAAGACACCACUGUCAGACCAAAGAAAACUUACGUUUUGUUCUCCAGAUAUUCCGUCGUCCUCAAACAGAAUGACACCUCCAAGUACAAGAAGUCCUUAUAUAGAUGGUUGUUCUCCUAUUAAAAAUUGUUCUCCUAUGAGACUUGGAGCAUGUAGGGGAACUGCCCAGUAUCAGACUUCUGUCAUUAGAAUACCAAUUGCAGUUGAAAAUUGUGGUGAGGAUGAGGGAGACAAGGAAAAUGCUUCUCCAGCAGAAGAGAAUGGAAUAAACUUACGUCAGCAAGAUAGUGAAGCGUUUGCUCAUGGUACACACCUCGUUGUAGCAACUGUGUCUAUUGCAUCAGAUCACUCGGAAGCUUGUCGUCAAAGGUUGUCCUCAUUUCAGGACAUGGAAGGCUCGAAGGAAAAUAACACUGUAGAUAUGUCUGAUGCAGCUGAAGUGUCAGAGGAAAACACUUGGAUAAAAGAAACAAUUGGCAAUAGCAACGCACCAAUGACCAGCUUUAUGACAGGGAUUACCUUCAGUAUUGAAAACUCCCGUAUGUGCAUGUCACCCCUUGCAGAGAGCAGCGUAAUUCCUUGUGACAAUAGUAGUAUUCAGGUGGACAGUGGUUAUAAUACACAGACUUGUGGAAGCAGCAUUAUGGAUACUGUGGGGGCUGAAAACAGUUGCCGAGAAAAUGAUGCGAAUACCAACGUGUUCCAGAAUAAAUCUCAGCUUCUUAGAACAAAGGAGUGCUCUGUUUUAAACCAUAAGGACAAUCAGUUGCUGAGAGCAAAAUCUCCAGAGAAGCAAUCGUGUUUCCAAAAAGCAAAAACACGUAGUACAGCAUUUGGUCAAAAUGCAACUUGCAACAUUUCUGCCUGGAAACAUAAAAAUGAAAAUCAAGUUCAGGGAUUUCACAAAAAUGUGAUAUAUUCAAUGAUCAGAAGCUUUCAAAGUAUUCAUGAAUAAAAAAAGAGCAAUCACUAAAAUAUUUAAUUGCAUCCUGUAUAAGUAUUUUGUUAUAAGUAAGGGAAAAGUAACAGCAGAAAUGGGUGAACAUGAGAAUUAUGGAUACCCCCCAAAGAAAUUGCUGGUAUUUUCUGUCCUGUUUUUUACAGUCUUCAGUUAAAUGGAAAUUAUUUAUUUUAUGAAAACAUGCAUAUUUUUUAUGUUUGUGUAAUUGCUUUGUAGAGGAAACCUAUUUUGCAAAUUAUUGUGGGAGUCAUUUGACCAUUCUAUUUCUGUAGUUGUACUUAAUGCAUUGGUUGGCACACGUUGCACAAAACGGUCAUUGUUUACAUUAAAUUAAUUUCAGUAGUUUUAAUGAGAGUCCUUUAACGUGCAUAAUUGUAAAUUGAGUAGGGAAACAGAAUAAAGACAUCUCUUUCUUACCUA